CUUCCGCGGACACCUGUUCGCGAUACGAUUCUUGCCACGCCGCGGGCGACGGACCGCUUCCUCGUCACUUGAGUAUCGGCCCAUGACGAGCAAUGCCAUGUACAUGGGAGCGCAGCUCCAGCAGUGUUUGAGCUCGAUCCUCGUGGACCCACCGUACUACGCGUGCGUGCUGCAGUCAGGGCUGUUUGCCCCGACGACGUGCGCACUCGAGUGUCCUGACGUGACGUCGCCGACACCUGCGUGCUGCACCUCUCUCAACACACUCUUGAACUGCAAAGCGAAUGCGGCCAAUUUGGAAUGCAAGCAACGAAUCGACGAAGCUCUCUCGACCGCGCUGUCGUGCAAUGCCCCGGCGCUGUCGACGCCGUCCAUUGCGCUCAUUGCCGUGGGGAGUGUGGGGGUGGUUGCUGCUCUCGCCAUGUGGAUCCUUUUGUGCGUUGGAAAACGAAAUGCUGCCGUCCACAGCGGCGUGUAUACCCAAUGGACCCGCGUGCUUCGCAUGACGCGGCAACUGCGCGUCCUCAUCUGGAAAAAUUUUUUGCUCGUCAAGACCAAGCCAUUUCGACUCUUGUUUGAACUGCUCUUGCCACUUGUGCUCGCAAGCCCACUCGUAGUGCUUGCCAAUCUCGACGACAUCUCCCAGGUACGACGGAACCGGAACAACCUUCCCCCGACGACGGCUCUCCCUGGCGGCUUGUCGAUUUUGCGACCGUCGACCACCUUGUUGGCUUCGUGCAGUGCCAACCUCCAGUUCGUGUUCAUGGACGGGGAGCCGUCAUCGACGCAGACGACGUUCUACGCGAGCGGGCAGCCCGUGUUUGGGAUGUUUUUCUUCCUGAGUUUUCUUCGAUUUGUGCCGUCGGUGACAUCUCGCAUGGUGAUUGAAAAGGAGACUCGCAUCGCGGAAGGCAUGCGCAUGAUGGGGAUGAAGGAAGGUCCGCUGCUCCUGUCGUGGUUUGCUACAGGCAUUCUGCAAUACUCUGUCGUGGCAGUUGCGAUCGCGGUCGAGCUCCACGUCGGCAACGUGUUUGCAAUGGCGUCAAUCUCGUCGCUGAUUCUGUUCUUCUGGAGCUUCAUUCUGGCCAUGUUGAGCUUCAGCAACCUCGUCGCGGUAUUCUUCAACAAGUCCAAGACCGCCGCGAUUGCAUCCGUGCUCGUGUGGGUCCUGGCCUACUUGCCGUUUUACGCGGUGCACGACAAACCCAUCGGACACAAGUAUGCGGCGGCGUUGUCGGCGCCGACGGCGUUUGCUAUCGGCGUCAACUACCUCGUCGAAGAUGCCAUAAGAGGGACGGGCGCGUUUUACGCCAUAGCCAAGAAGAGCCUCGGCCCGUUGACCACGGCGACGGCGGGUGACAUGACGUGGUUUCUUUUUGCAGAUGCGCUGCUCAUGCUUGCUCUCGGCUGGUAUUUCCAGCAGAUUGUGCCACACGAGUUUGGCGUACAAAAGCCAUGGUACUUUAUUUUUCAGCCAACGUACUGGAGCGGCAAGCCAGACAUCGGUCGAGCGUUGCCUUUGGCCGAUGUGUCGAUGUUGGAGUCGUCGACGUCGGAGUUCACCAAGCAUACGACGCCGAUGCGUCAACUUCCGCCGCGACGGGACAGCCAAGACCUAGACGACCACCAGCCACGCGUCGAGCCACCGACGCAAGCGCUGUCCGCUAAAGAACGCAGCGGCGACUGCAUUCAAAUAUGCGGGUUGCGGAAGACGUUUGCGACAGAAGAUGGCGUGGCCAAAGUCGCGGUGCAUUCGCUCAACUUGACCAUGUACGCCGGUCAAAUCACGGCACUCUUGGGCCACAACGGCGCUGGGAAGACGACAACAAUUUCAAUGCUCACAGGGUUGUACCCGCCCUCGCGCGGCGACGCAACUGUCUUUGGCAAGUCCAUCCGCACUGACAUGGACGAGCUGCGGGGGUACAUGGGAGUGUGCCCCCAACACGACGUCCUCUACGAUGACCUGACAGUCCACCAGCACCUUGAGCUGUACGCGACGCUCAAAAAUGUGCCCGCCGACGACGUGUUCAGCCAAGUCAACUUGUUCAUCCAAGAAGUCGGGCUCACGGAGAAGCGCCACGUGAUGGCCAAGAAGCUGUCGGGCGGACAGAAGCGCAAGCUGUGCGUGGCGAUUGCGCUGAUCGGCCACAGCCGCGUAGUGUUUCUAGACGAGCCCACGUCCGGGAUGGAUCCGUACUCGCGACGGUUUACGUGGAAUGUGCUGCAGCAAAACCGCGCGGACCGUGUGAUGGUCCUGACGACGCACUUCAUGGACGAAGCGGAUUUGCUCGGCGAUCGCAUUGCCAUCAUGGCGGAAGGUCGCCUCGUUUGUGCUGGCACGUCGCUCUUUCUCAAGAAUUUGUACGGGGCGGGCUACAACUUGACGUUGGUCAAGGGCGAUUUGUGUGACACGACUGACGUUUUGCAGUUUGUUCGGCAAUUCGUGCCGGACGCGGCGGUUUUGAGCACGGUCGGGUCGGAGCUCGUGGUGCAGCUGCCAUCGUUGUCGAGUGGAGCGUUCCCGGCUCUACUUGACGGCCUGGACCGCAGCUUGACUGCGCUUCGCGUCCUGGAGUACGGCAUCUCGGUGACAACGCUAGAGGAAGUAUUUCUGCGCAUUGCCCACCUCGCCGACAACCCCCCCAAGAAUCAACUAUGCCGACGCGUGUCCGAGAUGGAGCUCAACGAGUGGCGUGAAUGCCGCAUGGGUGGCAAGUCUUCCAACAGCGUGCCUAUGGAUCGCAACCCCGUGCCUGUCGACGAGCCGAGGACGCCACGAGUUCGCCAGUACACACCGUUCGGUGUUCAAUUCGUCGCGCUGCUUCAAAAGCGAUUUCGAUGCUCGAAGCGAGACAAGAAAGGCUGGGUGUUUACGAUGGCGAUUCCAAUCGCAUUUCUCGUUGUGCUGGCGUUCCUGCCGGCCAUCAACGUGGCGUCGUACCUUCCACAGUACAAGAAAGGUUCGAUGACGGACCACGCGAAUUUUCAGUCGUGCCGAGAGAUUGUCGCCCACACAACCGGCGACUUGCUCGACUGCAUUUACGGCCGCACGCCCUCUUCGCGACAGUCGUGUGUGACGUUGAGGGCGCCGUGCCAGGGCGGGUAUGCCGUGCGAUGUCCCGAGGACGGCAAGACCUUGAGUUCCUGCUCGGCUGCCCGCGUCAGCUUCAACACCACGAACGCAUCGUUUCCGUACUGCAGUUCGCUGCCAGGCUAUGUCGGAAACAAGGCGGUGUGCAUUUACGACUGGUUCAGCCACUGCUCGGUGACGGGGGCGUGCAACGCGACCGAGUGCUGCGACGCACACGCUGCGGCAUCGCCGUUUGGGCCGUGCUCGAGCUGCGAAGGCAACCGGUGGCCAUGCUUCCACGGGUCGUGUCUCCGCAAAGCCGACGUCCAGCUACAAGGCGUGAUCAACACGAUGCUCGCGUCGCUCAUCAUUGUCAUUGGGUUCGCGUUUGUGCCGGCUAGCGUCGUCGUCUUUAUCGUCAAGGAGAAGCAUCCCCACCAGAACGCCAAGUACCAGCAAAUGGCGUGCGGGACGUCCGUGCUGGCGUACUGGUCGAGUCUGUGGACGCAUGACGUGGUCUUGAUGCUCGUGCCGGUCGCGGUCGCGGUGGGUUUGUUGCCGUUGUAUUCGUCGUUCAAAGGGGACGUCGAGUCCAUGAUAGCGGCCCUCGCGCUGUUUGGCACGCACAUGCUGUCGGUGCUGCCCCUGGCGUACUUGUUUAGCUUUCGCUUCACCAAGCACUCAGCGGCGCAGACGUCGGUUCUCGUGUUUGGGCUCGUCACCGGCGCCCUCGUCAGUAUCGUUUCCUUUCUCUGCCGCCUCGUCAAUUUUCGCCUGACCGCCAGCCUGACGCUUUCCGAACUCGACGCCACCUACCUCCGAUGGAUCUACCUCGUCUUUCCUGGCUACCAGCUCACGGACGGGUUGUUCCAAAUUGGCAUGCGCAAGUACGGCAAUCCGUACGGCGGCAGCCAUGACACGUCCUGCCCCGCGUCGAAAUCGUGCUGGGCCUCGACGCAAGAUCCAAACUGCUGCGUUGCCCGUGCCUUGGAAUUCAACGUGGCUGGGCGAAGCUUACUCUAUGGCGCGAUCGAAGUCGUUGUGUUUUCGCUCCUAGUUUUGUACUUUGACCGGCACAAGGCUCCCGACGCAUCUUCGUCGCUGAAACGAACGCCGCCCGCCAUGGAACUCCAUCCGUUUGACGACGACGUGGCGGCUGAAGCGGCUCGAGUCGCGCGUGGCGACGCCACAUCCGACAGCAUCCUCCUUCACAAAGUGCACAAACAAUACGGGAAUGAAAAAGUGGCGCUGCAGUCGCUGUCCCUAGGCAUUCCCAAAGGCGAAUGCUUUGGGUACCUCGGAAUCAACGGCGCCGGCAAAUCGACAACGAUGCAGAUUCUGAACGGGUUUAUGGCGGCGACGAGCGGGGCUGUCUUCGUUGCGGGCUGUGACGUGCGCACACAACUCCAGUCCGCCCGCCGCGCCAUCGGGUACUGCCCCCAGUUCGACGCGUUGCAUGACACGUUGACAGUCGAGGAAGAGCUCGACUUGUAUGCCCGACUGAAAGGAAUGGUCGACGUUCGCCAAGCCGUCGAAGACAAGCUGCAGCAGUUUGACUUGGUUGCGUUUCGAACCAAGUUGACACGGGGGCUGAGCGGAGGCAACAAGCGCAAGGUGUCGACAGCGAUUGCCCUCAUGGGAAACCCGUCCGUGCUGCUGUUGGAUGAACCGUCCACGGGAAUGGAUCCCGCGGCCCGACGGCGUAUGUGGGACGUGCUUGUGGACGUGCUUGCGACGAAGACCUGCAGCAUCCUCCUGACGACCCACAGCAUGGAGGAAUGCCAGGCGCUGUGCAGCCGCAUUGGCAUCCUCGUCAGUGGUCGUCUUGUGUGUCUGGGGACCGCGCAGCACCUCAAGCACAAAUUUGGACGCGGGUAUACGCUCGACAUACGGCUACGUACUCCAUCGACCGAUCAACUCGUGGGGGUCGCCCCAGUCGGAAGCGACAAGAAGUUGACGGCGGCAGACAUCGAACGGCUUUGUGCUGAUGCGGGGCAGUACGCCCGAUGGGACAAGAUUGCCCAAGGAGCGGAUUCCGGGUGGGUGCUGCGCCAUUACUUGGACAACGACGAGGAUGGCGCGGUCCCGUGCGACGUAUGGAAACAUUGGUGGGUGCUCGAGGAGAUGGGCGCAGCGCUUGAAGCGUUCUGCACCCAAGACCUGCCGAGUGCAACGAUGAUUGAGCAUCAUGCCGAACACUUUCGAUACCACGUCCCGAAAUCGUCGGGCCAUACGCUCACGAGUUUGUUUACACUGCUUGAAUCGGCGGCCGCCCCGUCAUCCACGGUCCCCAUCGAGCAAUAUAGCCUCAGCGACACCACCCUGGAAGAGGUCUUCAACGGCAUGGCUGCCGGGCAGGACGAAGAGCGCGAAGGUGUUCAUGGCGUUCAUCGCCACUCGCUCAACGCAACCAGCCUCCAAGCAGUCACGUCGUACCACCGCGCCCAGUCCAGAUCUCGAUUGCAAGAUUGAUUCAUAAAAUGCAACAACGUACUUUACCACAAUGAAAUCCGAAUCGGUGCCACGUUGGACUUGACGAACGCCUGCAACGCGAGUGUUUCUUCACCAUGCUGACGACAUCGUCAUUCUCUCUGAUUGCUUUUUUCCGACUGGAGCAGGUCGUGUUGGGGGACAGAAGCACGCUUGCGGUGGGUGGUCGACAACAACGUUCGUUGGUCCGCG